UUUGAAAGAAAAUAAGGCUGAACUUUUCAUUUAUUGAAUUGGUUAGAGGAAAAUUUCAACUCUGACCGCUAGACGUAGGAAAAUUAAAUUUUCAGCAGUAACAACCCUGGAUAGCGAAAUAUGGCCGUGUGUACGAAGUGGUGCGAAUUUAAAUUCUAUACUCGACUUCUGAAAGGAACUUACCAAAAUUCAAGAACAGUUAGUUCUUCUGCUAGAGUAACUUCCUGUGCCCAUGGGGAACCUGAAAGGAAACAUAAGAAAUAUACGAAUACAGUAGCCUUACCACGGACUGAUUUUCCUCUGCGUUUGGAUUCUCGAAAGAGGAUAGAUCGAGAUAAUUACGUACACGAGAAAUGUGAAUUUUCUACUUUGUAUGAUUGGCAGAGAAAACAUGUGCAAGGACCAGAGUUUAUUCUGCAUGACGGCCCUCCAUUUGCCAAUGGAAAACCUCACAUAGGUCAUGCAAUAAAUAAGAUUUUGAAGGACAUCAUCAUUCGCCAAAAAUUGCUUCAGGGUUAUCAAAUCCAUUAUGUUCCUGGUUGGGACUGUCAUGGGCUGCCCAUUGAACUGAAAGCUUUGGUUGGGGAAACCAAUUUGUCAGCUGUCACCAUCCGAAAGAAAGCUGAACAGUUUGCUAGAGAAGCAAUUGCAGACCAAAAAGAAGCAUUUCGUUCAUGGGGUGUUAUGGCUGACUGGGAUAAAUGUUACUUCACAUUUGAUAAGCAGUACGUGAAGAACCUAUUGCGGCAGUUUCACAGACUGUAUGAAAUGGACUUAGUUUAUCGAGAUGUAAAGCCUGUAUUCUGGUCACCAUCUUCAAGGACGGCUCUUGCCGAGGCUGAGCUGGAAUAUAACCCUGCUCACUGCAGCAUGGCCAUUACAGUCCGGCUCCUGAUGCAGAGAGUCCCUGAUGCCAUUUGUUCUUUUAUCCCACCACACAUAGCUUCAGUGUUUGCUUUGAUUUGGACCACCACUCCAUGGACACUUCCCGUCAACCAGGCUGUUUGUUUUAACCCUGACCUGUCAUACAGCCUCGUGUCUAUUGAUGGUCACAGUGGAGAGAUGUAUAUUGUUGCUUCAGAAUUGGUGGAAAUGCUGCAACAGAAACUUUGUCGACGAGUUGAGAUUGUUACCACAUUUCCAGGCAGUAGCUUAGGAGGUGCUCGCUACAUUCAUCCCUGCAGAUCAGAACAAGUGCAACCAUUUCUGCCUGCUGCACACGUCACGACCACCAAGGGAACUGGAUUGGUGCACAGUGCCCCAGCCCAUGGCCCUGAAGACUACCUCGUGGCUCUUGAACAUUCCAUUCGUAUUGAAUGUUUUGUGGAUGAGGCUGGCUGUUACACAGAAGAUGCGGGCCCUGCUCUGCAAGGACUGUCUGUCUUAUCCGAAGGGAACGAAGCAGUGAUGACUCUCAUGUCUGAGAAUAUUCUUCACUCGGAGCAGCUGGUGCACAGUUACCCAUAUGAUUGGCGCACCAAGCAACCUGUCAUUCUGCGUGCCUGCUGCCAAUGGUUUAUUGACACCAAUGCAAUCAAACAGAAGGCCAUUGAAGCUUUGAAAACAGUUAAGAUCUUUCCUGAGCAUGGUGGCAGUGCAAAGAGUGGAGGUGGAUUAUUAGCACAGCUUGAACGACGGCCGUACUGGUGCAUCUCUCGCCAGAGGGUAUGGGGUGUCCCUUUACCAGUGUUCUACCACAAGACUUCUGGAACCCCCAUCCUCACAGAAUCCUUAAUUAAUCAUCUAUGUUAUUUGCUGGAUGAGCAUGGUAGAGAUUUCUGGUGGACUCUGCCCUUGGACAGACUUGUGCCAGAGGAAGUGCUAUCAGAACAUGCAGUUUCACUAGAUGAACUGGAGAAGGGGCAAGACAUCCUGGACAUCUGGUUCGACAGUGGUUUCUCAUGGUCAUCUGUUCUGAAUGGGCAGAAGGUUGCUGACCUUUAUCUAGAGGGUCUCGACCAGUUCAACGGAUGGUUUCAGUCAUCUCUUAUGACCUCUGUGGCUCUUCGGGGGCAGGCUCCUUACAGAGCAGUGUUUGUUCAUGGCUUUGCUGUUGAUGCAGAAGGUCGCAAGAUGUCCAAGUCCCAAGGAAAUGUGGUGGACCCUCUGGACAUUACCCAUGGAGGACAAGACAAGAAGAGUGAACCUGCUUAUGGUAUUGACACACUAAGGUGGUGGGUGGCCUGUCAUGCAACAGAGCACUCAAACAUACCUGUCAGUCGGAAUGUACUGGAGGCCAGUGCUGAGGCAGUUCACAAGAUUCGCAUUGUUCUGCGCUUCCUGCUGGGGACACUCCAUGACUUACCCUCUGAUGUUGACGUUAAUAGUGAGGAGAAUUUAUAUAUUCUCGACCGCUACCUUCUGCACCUGUUGCUCGAUUUCAAUCAGAAUGUGAGCCAAUGUUAUGAGAAUUACCAGAUCAAACGAGUCUGUACCAUGCUGAUCAACUUCAUCACAAAUGAGGUGUCUGCACUUUACUGCCAUCUGACAAAGGAUAGGUUAUACUGUGCAGCAGUUAAUGCCCCAGAGCGACGGGCAUGCCAGCUGGUGAUGAAUCACAUCCUGGAAACCUUAACUAGAACAGUUGCACCUGUGUUGCCACAUCUUGCAGAAGAAGUGUACUUAUAUCAUCCUUGUAAAGCAGGUGUGCGCCUAUUUAAGUCAGGAGUGGUGAAACCAUCACCUAAGUGGUACCAGCCCGAGGUGGAGGACAUAAUGAAUUUGGCUCUAGAGGUGAAACAGACACUGAACAAAAUGUCUCCUGUCACAAACACUCAGCAGUUGGCAGCGACUGUGUUCUCAUCAGGAGAGACCCUUACUCUGUUGAAGAUGCUUCAAGAGGAAGUGCAGACAUGCUGGAGCCAGCUGACAGAAAUCCUACAAGUGUCCUCUGUUACACUGGUGGAGAGCGGGAGUCAUCUGAAGUUUAAUGUGGAGCUGGCAGAAACUUCACGGCAUCUUUGUGGCAGAUGUCGUCGCUUCACUGCGCACAGUGCCAAUGAACCUUGUGAUCGUUGUCAGCAGGUCUUGGACAAGUUACGAGUGACAAUUUGAAAAAUAUUCCUGAGACAUACUGCCAGCAGUGCUUGUCUCCGACACCUGUGGGACCUAUGCCUCACACCAGAACGUGCGGAACAUUGCUGGGUACACCACAUGCGCUGUUCUGGGCUAUGGCCUGGUCACAAUUCCUUGCCACCAACCUGUGAUGCAGGAAUACAUAUUGGUUCUGCUGCUUGGACCUGCAACAGCUACUUCAAGUACAACAGUGAAUGCAGUGACAUACAGAAUCCUAUCUCAUGUAUACAGAUGUCAUUCCUACAGCCUUGAUAGGGAUAGGUCUGCCUGUAUAGACGUUGUUCUAUGAAUAUGAAGACAGUAAACCCAUUGUGUCUGCACCCUCGCUGGACUUACUUGGACUUCUAAGAGACUUGGAGAAACCCACAACCCUGAUUCUUCCAUUGUGUCUUGUAUAUUAAUUUCUGGGCGAAUAAAAGGUCUAUGAUCUGAACAGAUAUCAUGCUGCAAGUAGUUACGUGUUAAAAUUAACCGAGGUCUUGGCCUCAUGAUCUGGUUGGUCCUGUCUGGACAGUUUGGCUGAUCCCUUCUCUCAAAGUGCACUGGCUUCCUAAACAGUCUUGCCAGACUAAAAGGGAAAGGGUACAGUGAGAUCAAGGCCAGGUAGGGCAGGGAACCACCAAGGUCACACACACACACAUUAAAUCUGCACCAUGGUUCUUUUGACUUGCCAUUUUCUUGGUAAUUAAAGGGUUGAAAUACAAAUAACCCCUAGAUAGACAUGAAACAUUGUAUAAAAGAGUCAUGUUGUGUUUCAUACUAAUAAUAUGUAUGAUAGGUGAUCUACUAUGUAUAUAAUUCAACUAAUUACAAAUGUUACUUAAUUAUAAUGACAAGUUUCAAUGGGUCACCAUCAUCAGAUGACCUUACAUUACUUAUAGUCUAACUGCUGUUUUUGUUGUAUAUUGGCAACUGUUUAGAAGUGUUUUAGAGUUAUGUAAACUAAAUUCUUGGUAAUAUUGCUGUUGAACUAUAGUUUAGCAAAGAUGUUACAGCUGAUUUGUCCUAGUUCAUUGUUAAAAUUCUGUGAAAUGUUUUGAGAUAUUUUGUUGAAUUUAUAUUAUAAGAAUUAAAGUCAUUAUACUCGUAUUAUUUAUUUAUUUAUUUAUUUCGUCUCUAUA